AUGGUUGAAACUGUUCUGAUUUCUUUCUUUUCUUCUUAUAGUUCUAAUGCAAAUCCCCCAUUUUGGAUCCCCAUACAUAUUGUGAUCCCAGAGCGACCAACUGAGUGUACGGUGUUUAAUGUCAUAGCAGAUUCUCCUCGUGAUUCUGUUCAGUUUAUUGAAUGGUCCCCUACUUCUUGCCCUCGUGCCUUGCUAAUAGCUAAUUUCCAUGGGCGGAUAACUAUCUGGACUCAGCCUUCUCAAGGCACGGCUAAUCUGGUAAGAGAUGCUAGUUGCUGGCAGAGGGAGUAUGAGUGGCGGCAGGAUAUUGCAGUUGUUACAAAAUGGCUAUCAGGAGUGUCUCCAUAUAGGUGGCUUUCCUCGAGGUCCAGUAGUUCCACAAAGUCAACUUUUGAGGAGAAAUUCCUUUCACAGCAGCCACAAGCUCCAGCUGGCUGGCCAAAUUUUCUUUGUGUAUGUUCCGUUUUCUCAUCAGGCUCUGUUCAACUCCACUGGUCUCAAUGGCCGCCUAAUCAGAGUGGUGCAGGAUCAAAAUGGUUUUGUACGAGCAAAGGGCUAUUGGGAGCUGGGCCUAGUGGUAUUAUGGCUGCUGAUGCUAUCAUAACAGAUUCUGGAGCCAUGCAUGUGGCAGGUGUUCCAAUUGUAAAUCCGUCAACCGUUGUUGUUUGGGAGGUAACACCUGGCUCUGCAAAUGGAUUUCAAGCAACUCCAAAGACAAGUGUGAGCAACGGAGUUCCACCUUCACUUAAUCCUCCUUCUUGGGAUGGUUUUGCUCAUCUGGCUGCAUAUUUGUUUAGCUGGCAAGAGUGUUUGCUAUUGGAAGCCAAGCAAGGGAGAAAGCAGACAGAGCAAGAUUAUAGUGACAUUGUAGCACUUCAUUGUUCACCGGUUUCAAAUUUUUCUGCGUAUGUGAGUCCUGAGGCUGCAGCACAAUCAGCGACCACCACUACAUGGGGCUCUGGAGUUACUGCAGUUGCCUUUGAUCCAACUCGUGGAGGUUCUGUGAUAGCUGUCGUGAUAGUUGAGGGGCAGUACAUGUCCCCUUAUGAUCCUGAUGAGGGCCCUUCAAUUACAGGAUGGAGAGUUCAACGCUGGGAGUCGUCUCUUGAGAACGUUGUCCUCCAUCAGAUAUUUGGAAACCCCACUUCCAGUUUUGGUGGGCAGACACCCAAGCAGACAGUUUGGGUAAGCAAAGUGAAUAAAUGCAUUCCAGCAACUAAUGAUUUUAAAAGUCCCCAAGCAGCUGCUGCUGGACCAACUUCUGAUGGACGAAACACAUUCGAAUCUGGUGUUGAGAAGGGAAAGAGGGCCAGUUUUGAUCCCUUUGAUCUGCCAAGUGAUGUUAGAACUCUUGCUGGAAUUGUGUAUUCUGCUCAUGGUGGUGAGAUCGCUGUUGCUUUUUUACGUGGUGGGGUUCACAUUUUCUCGGGUGCAAGCUUUACACCUGUUGAUAACUACCAGAUCAAUGUUGGUAAUGCCAUUGCUGCUCCUGCUUUCUCUUCUACGAGCUGCUGUUCAGCUUCUGUCUGGCAUGAUACCAGCAAGGAUCGUACUAUACUGAAGAUAAUUCGUGUUCUUCCUCCUGCUGUUCCAAGUUGUCAAGUUAAAGCCAACUCUUCAAGUUGGGAACGUGCAAUUGCAGAGAGAUUUUGGUGGAGUCUUUUAGUGGGAGUUGAUUGGUGGGAUGCUGUUGGUUGUACGCAAAGUGCGGCUGAAGAUGGCAUUGUAUCCCUUAACAGUGUCAUUGCGGUGUUGGACACGGAUUUCCACUCUCUUCCUUCCACUCAGCACCGACAACAAUAUGGACCUAGUCUAGACAGGAUAAAAUGCAGGCUAUUAGAAGGUACAAAUGCUCAAGAGGUUAGGGCAAUGGUUCUUGAUAUGCAAGCCAGAUUGUUGCUGGAUAUGCUUGGGAAAGGAAUUGAAUCAGCUCUGAUAAAUCCUUCAGCUUUGGUAGCAGAGCCAUGGCAAGCGUCUGGUGAGACUUUAUCUAAUAUUGAUCUUGAAGCAAUGGCUGUUGACCCCGCGCUAGCAUUGAGCAUCCAGGCUUAUGUUGAUGCAGUCCUUGAUCUAGCUUCACACUUUAUCACUCGCUUGCGACGUUAUGCAAGUUUUUGUCGGACAUUGGCAAGUCAUGCUGUUACUGCAGGUACAGGUGGAAACCGAGGUAUGGUGACCAGCCCUACCCAAAGUUCCGCUUCUCCUGCAACAACUCAAGGAGCUCAAGGUGGUACUGCAAGUUCUGCUGGAAGCACUCAAAUACAAGCUUGGGUACAGGGAGCUAUUGCAAAGAUCAGUAGCACAGCUGAUGGAGUUCCCAAUUCAACCCCAAACCCCAUAAGUGGCCCUUCAUCCUUUAUGCCUAUAAGUAUCAAUACAGGAACUUUCCCAGGAACUCCAGCUGUCAGGCUUAUUGGGGACUGCCAUUUCCUUCACAGAUUAUGCCAACUUUUGCUUUUUUGUUUUUUCUUUCGGCGAGUUCAACUACCCCGUUAUGGUGGCGGUGCUCAAAGAAAUGCGGAUUCAUCUAUGCAAAAAUCUCAGCCUAGUGGCCCAGGCAAGGUGGAGGAAACCAACUCUGUUUCCACAAAACCCGCAUCGGCUAUGGUUAGGUCAGAAGACGUACAGGUUUCUCGGGCUGGUCAGGUUGGCACAGGAUCAAAAGGACCUGAAGAAGGUCCAGCUAGCCGGUCAAGGUUAGGCUUUGGCAAUGCUGGUCAAGGAUACACUUUUGAGGAGGUGAAGGUCCUGUUUCUCAUACUCAUGGAUCUCUGUCGGCGAACAGCAGGUCUGGGACAUCCAUUGCCAGUUUCUCAGGUUGGGAGCAGCAACAUCCAGGUCCGCCUUCAUUAUAUCGAUGGGAACUAUACUGUCUUACCAGAAGUUGUUGAAGCAUCUCUUGGUCCUCAUAUGCAGAACAUGCCCCGGCCAAGAGGUGCAGACGCCGCUGGUUUGUUACUACGUGAGUUAGAACUCCAUCCUCCUGCUGAAGAAUGGCAUAGACGGAAUAUGUUUGGUGGUCCCUGGUCUGAUCCAGAGGAUAUAAGUUCUCUAGAUGACACCCCCAGGCUUAGCAGUUCGAUAGAUCCAACUGACGUGACCUCAUCAGAAAACUGUGACGUUUACUAUGGAGCCCAUGGUUUGUGGCCAAGGAAGCGGAGGAUGUCUGAAAGAGAUGCUGCUUUUGGAUUGAACACUUCUGUGGGCCUGGGAACAUAUCUUGGUAUAAUGGGAUCUCGAAGGGAUGUUGUAACUGCUGUAUGGAAGACUGGGCUUGAAGGAGCGUGGUAUAAGAUUCUCCUAAUCUCAGUAUGGUAUGAUGCCUAUGAUGGCAACUAUGCAUAUAGGGAGGCUAAUAGUGUAGAUUAUGAUGGUAUUUGGGGCUUUCAAUAG